CGUCUGCUCUCGGAUCCUCUCUGCUCCGGUCCUUCUGUUCCGUAGCCAUCUUGAGCGAUCGACGUGUGCCGAUUGUAAGCGACAGCUGAAAAGAAAAAUGGAGAACGAUUUGGGAAAUCUGGUCGACUUGUACAUCCCGCGAAAAUGCUCGGCGAGCAACCGCAUCAUCCACGCCAAGGACCACGCGUCUAUACAGCUGACUCUGGCCGAUGUCGACCCGGAGACGGGACGCAUGACCGACACCCACAAGAUGUACGCAAUCUGUGGAGCGAUUCGUCGAAUGGGAGAAUCCGACGACUGCAUAGUGAGAUUGACAAAGAAUGAUGGGUUAUUGUCAAAAAACUUUUAAUCUAAAUUAUGUAAGAAAUUGAUUUUCAAUAAAUUAAAAAAGCUAAAACUAA